UUGGCAGUUAGUGAACGGUGUACCUUGGCGAAAAAACACAACGUAAAGAUGAACUUCUCGAUGGCAGUUGCUGUGUUGUUGGCAGUGGUGUCCAUUGCGCACGCCAAUGUAGUUGGACGUGUUGCUGAUGGCAGUGACGCCCGACGGGGUCAGUUCCCGUACCAGGUGGCAAUGACGCUCAAGCGCCAAACCGUGUGCGGUGGCGUUAUGGUGCAUGAACGCUUCUUCCUUACCGCUGCCCAUUGCUUCUUCAAGGGUGAAACUCCACUCCCACUGGAGCAGCUGAACGUGUUCUACGGCUCGGAAAAGCUCUUCUCCAACGGUCGGUACAAUCGCGUCAAAACGGUACACUUCCACGAACAGUACGAUCACGGCACCAAGUACGAUCUGGCCGUGGUGGAGGUAAAGCGCAAGUUUGAUCUCACGUCCGCCUCCCGGCCGGUAGAGUUCGGACAGGAAGCGUUCGGUGAAAACUUGCUCGCCACCGUUACCGGCUACGGGCGCAACACCGUCGAGGGUAACAUGGCAUUCCGGCUGAAGUAUGCCCAGCUUACCUCGCUGCCCGAUUCCCAGUGCCGGGAAGCGAUGGGAGAGGACUAUUAUGAAGGUGUCUUCUGUCUGGAUACAAGUGCCGGAGCUGGAUUCUGUUUGGGUGACUAUGGUGGUCCGGCCGUGUUUGAGGACCGCCUGGUGGGCGUUGGCAGCUACACGGUUGGCGGCAAGUGUGAAGCGGGUCUGCCGGACGUGUUCGUCGAUGUCGGGCACUUCAGCGAGUGGGUCCAGUCGGUACUCGAGGCAGAGCCAGCGGAAACACAGUGAACUCACUCGUCAUUUUGAUAACCGUUUAUUGAUGUGUGUGUUUGCUCUUAUCAUGGACGAGGUCUAACAUUAUCAUUCUUCCGAAACAGUUUGAGUUGCCUUUAAAUAAUAUAUGCAUAUAGUUGUCUUUAUGUA